AUGAUCUGGAUUACACAAGAGAAGAACUGGUCGAUUGUGGUCUUCAUUGUGGUCGCGUGCUUUUCAUUUGGAAUCACAAACCUUUCUGCUACAAUAAUCGUUGAAACGCAGUAUGGCAAAAUUAUCGGCAAAACGACACAGUUUUUGGAUGAAAACGACGGAUUUCAAACCGUUUAUUCAUUUCUUGGAGUUCCUUUCGCCUCGCCGCCAGUGAAUGAACUUCGGUUUGAACCUCCCCAACGCCCAGCUGCAUGGAAGCCUCGAACAUAUAAUGCAACCUUUUUCAGGAACGUUUGCCCACAAAAGAAUCUUUCUUACUUUGAAAAAUCAAUUCGCAACGUUUGGCCAGAAUUUUCGUGGGAAAAUGACUCAAAUGAAGACUGCCUGUAUUUGAAUAUUUUCACUCCAGGAAAUAAGCCUGAAAGUCAUUUUCAUCCGGUUAUAAUGUUUAUUCACGGAGGGAGUUAUGCAUUUGGGACAACUGCCCGUCAUACCACGCCCGGAGAGGUACUGCCCCGCUUGGGCGUUGUCCUAGUCACGAUCCAGUACCGCCUCGGUCCAUUUGGCUUUAUGACUGCUGGUGAUGGUGUUGCGCGCGGAAACUGGGGCAUGUUAGAUCAAGUAGAGGCCCUAAAGUGGAUAAAAGAAAACAUCGAAGUAUUUGGCGGAGACCCGAACAGAGUGACCAUAUUAGGGGUGAGCUCCGGUGGGGCCAGUGUUGGCCUACACAUCUUGUCCCCACUGUCAGAGGGGCUUUUUCAUCGAGCUAUAACCGAGAGUGGCGUGGAAUUUUCACCAUUUGCUUUCAAUUCGGUGAAAAAAGCCAUCGACAAGACGAACAUCACUGCGGGGAAACUUAGCUGUGAUACGACCAGUAGUAAAAGAAUGAUGGACUGUCUUCGAAGCAAAAGCGCUCAGAGUAUCAUCGACAAAUUUGAUUGGCGAAACACGGGGCCCAUCAUCGACAGGUAUUUUAUUUAUGAUACACCCAAAAAUCUUCGCCGGUCUGGCAAAUUCAACAAGGUUCCCCUUAUUAGUGGCUUUAACAGCCAUGAAGGCGCGCACAACACCCCCCAGGAAUUUCAUCCUCCAAGAGAUAUUACGACUUCUGUCCUGAGAGAAUUUAUCAACAACUUCGUGGAAAAUCAUAUACUGCAGGACAACAACAAAACCGCUGUGAUCAUUAAAGACGCAAUUGAAUUCCAAUACACUCCAUGGAGUAAAACGCCUGACUCACCCUCCCUCCGUCAGGAAAUCGUCAACAUUAUGUCAGACUACUACGUAGCAGCUCCCACUCUGGGGGUGUUGGGGAUCCAUAGCGCGCUUGCUCCCACUUACAUGUUUGAGUUCAACCACAGGUCUGCAGAAAGCGAUACAGAUGCCUGGAUGGGGGUAGCACAUGGAGAAAACACGCCCUACGUGUUUGGUGCGCCAUUUCUGAACAGUACUGCGUUGAAUUUCACAAAUGAAGAUCGGAAUAUAAGUCGCUUAAUCAUGACGCUUUAUGCGAACUUUGCCAAGUACGGGAACCCAACACCUCACCGGGUACAUGGGGUCAUCUGGGACAGGUUCAACACCGCUAGUAAGUUGUACUUACGUAUUAAUAACAGAUCUCAAAUGGGAGCUUACUACGAAUCGCGUAGAAUGGCGUUUUGGAACAACUACUACCCAAAGAUACUGAACCUAACAAAACCAGAAUCGCUUACGAAACACAGCCGGGAUGACGUAAAACCUACGGAUAACCCGAGAAACUACACCGGGGAAGACGCAAGACCUACGGAUAACCCGAGAAACUACACCGGGGAAGACGUAAGACCUACGGAUAACCCGAGAAACUACACCGGGGAAGACGCAAGACCUACGGAUAACCCGAGAAACUACACCGGGGAAGACGCAAGACCUACGGAUAACCCGAGAAACUACACCGGGGAAGACGCAAGACCUACGGAUAACCCGAGAAACUACACCGGGGAAGACGUAAGACCUACGGAUAACCCGAGAAACUACACCGGGGAAGACGCAAGACCUACGGAUAACCCGAGAAACUACACCGGGGAAGACGUAAGACCUACGGAUAAUCCGAGAAACUAUACCACAUGCUCAAACAUCGGUGUCAAACUAUUCUUGAACACAGGCUUCCUCUGUUUUCUUUCAUCUGUACUUCUUGUGUUGCCAGAUGUCUUUAUCUGA